GGCGUCUCCCGCAGGAGCCGGUCUGCGCAACACGCGCCAAGGGGAAGAGGCUGUCGUAAAGGAGUCGCCGCUUCCUCUUCUCCCACCUCCCACCGGCUGUCGUAAAGGGUGAAUGGAGAGAGUUGUGGGGGGGAAGGAGGGAGGACAGGGGGCGCGGAGUCAGAGUGGCGCAGCUAGUAGCUGCAGGCGGAGGUGUCGGCGGCAGGGGGUAGGGGUGAGGUGGUUCCCUGUGGCGGACGGAGCCUAAAGGGGCCAGGAGACACCCCGGGUGCCACCCGGCCUGCUGGCCCUGGGGCCGGAGUCCCCGCCCGGGGACAUGGACCUCAACCGGAUCAUCCAGGCGCUGAAGGGCACCAUAGACCCAAAGCUGAGGAUUGCGGCCGAGACCGAGCUUAACCAGUCCUACAAGAUUAUUAAUUUUGCCCCCAGCUUGCUUCGGAUCAUAGUCUCCGAUCAUGUGGAGUUCCCAGUGCGUCAGGCAGCUGCCAUCUACCUGAAGAACAUGGUGACACAGUACUGGCCGGACAGGGAGCCUCCACCAGGAGAAGCAAUAUUUCCAUUCAAUAUCCACGAGAACGACCGACAGCAAAUACGUGACAACAUUGUGGAGGGGAUAAUUCGGUCUCCGGAUCUGGUGAGAGUCCAGUUAACAAUGUGUCUCCGAGUCAUCAUUAAACAUGAUUUUCCUGGUCAUUGGCCUGCAGUGGUCGACAAGAUAGACUACUACUUGCAGUCACCAAACAGUGGGAGCUGGCUUGGCAGUUUGCUAUGCUUGUAUCAGCUGGUGAAGACCUAUGAAUAUAAGAAAGCAGAGGAAAGAGAGCCUCUUCUGGCAGCCAUGCAGAUAUUUUUGCCUCGAAUUCAGCAGCAAAUACUGCAGCUACUUCCUGAUGCCUCCUAUUACUCUGUGUUGCUGCAGAAACAGAUUCUGAAAAUCUUCUACGCACUUGUUCAGUAUGCACUGCCCCUUCAGCUGGUGAGCCACCAGACCAUGACAACGUGGAUGGAGAUCUUUCGGACCAUCAUUGAUAGAACAGUCCCUCCGGAGACUCUUCAAAUUGAUGAGGAUGACCGACCAGAGCUGGUGUGGUGGAAGUGUAAGAAGUGGGCUCUGCACAUCGUCGCUCGUCUCUUUGAGCGGUAUGGAAGCCCAGGAAAUGUCACAAAAGAAUACUUCGAAUUUUCUGAAUUUUUUUUGAAAACCUAUGCAGUGGGAAUUCAGCAGGUACUACUAAAAAUUUUAGACCAAUACAGACAGAAAGAAUAUGUAGCUCCCCGUGUUCUUCAGCAAGCAUUCAACUAUCUCAACCAAGGGGUUGUUCAUGCUGUGACCUGGAAGCAGAUGAAGCCACAUAUACAGAGUAUCUCUGAAGAUGUAAUUUUUUCUGUGAUGUGUUAUAAAGACGAGGAUGAAGAGCUGUGGCAAGAAGAUCCGUAUGAGUACAUAAGGAUGAAAUUUGAUAUUUUUGAAGAUUAUGCUUCUCCCACCACUGCAGCCCAAACCCUGUUGUACACAGCUGCGAAGAAAAGGAAAGAGGUGUUGCCAAAAAUGAUGGCGUUCUGUUAUCAAAUACUAACAGACCCGAACUUUGACCCUAGGAAGAAAGAUGGAGCCCUGCAUGUGAUUGGUUCCCUGGCUGAGAUUCUGUUGAAGAAGAGUUUAUUCAAGGACCAAAUUGAGCUGUUCCUACAGAAUCAUGUAUUUCCAUUAUUAUUGUCUAACCUGGGAUAUCUUCGAGCUAGAUCUUGCUGGGUGCUGCACGCAUUUAGUUCUCUGAAGUUUCAUAAUGAGCUCAACCUCAGAAAUGCGGUUGAAUUAGCCAAGAAGAGCCUGAUUGAAGAUGAGGAGAUGCCUGUCAAGGUUGAAGCUGCCCUUGCUCUGCAGUCACUGAUUUCUAACCAGACUCAAGCCAAGGAGCACAUGAAACCACAUGUGAGGCCUAUCAUGCAGGAGCUGCUACAUAUCGUCAGAGAGACAGAGAAUGACGAUGUCACCAACGUCAUCCAGAAGAUGAUAUGUGAGUACAGUCAAGAGGUGGCCUCCAUCGCUGUUGACACAACCCAGCACUUGGCUGAGAUAUUUGGUAAAGUUCUUCAAAGUGAUGAGUAUGAAGAAGUUGAAGACAAAACUGUCAUGGCUAUGGGAAUUUUACACACUAUCGACACUAUCUUAACAGUUGUGGAAGAUCAUCAAGAGAUCACACAGCAGUUGGAGAACAUCUGUCUAAGAAUCAUCGAUCUUGUUUUACAGAAGCAUGUCAUUGAGUUCUAUGAGGAAAUCCUUUCCCUGGCAUACAGUUUAACCUGCCAUGCCAUCUCCCCGCAGAUGUGGCAGCUCCUGGGCAUUUUAUAUCAAGUUUUCCAGCAGGAUUCCUUCGAGUACUUUACAGACAUGAUGCCUCUCCUGCAUAAUUAUGUGACAGUAGACACCAACACUCUGCUGUCAAAUCCAAAGCACUUAGAAGUCUUGUUCACAAUGUGCAGGAAGGUACUGUGUGGAGAGGCGGGAGAGGACGCCGAGUGCCAUGCUGCCAAACUCCUGGAAGUCAUCAUUCUUCAGUGCAAAGGAAGGGGAAUUGACCAGUGUGUCCCGCUGUUUGUCCAACUUGUCUUGGAGAGAUUAACCCGCGGUGUCAAGACCAGUGAGCUGCGCACCAUGUGUCUUCAGGUGGCGAUCGCUGCGCUUUACUACAGCCCUGAGCUGCUGUUCCACACACUGGAGCAAGUCCAGCUGCCACACAACCCCGGACCUGUCACCGCACAGUUCAUCAACCAGUGGAUGAACGACACCGAUUACUUCCUGGGACACCAUGACCGGAAGAUGUGUAUAAUAGGACUGAGCAUCCUCUUGGAACUGCAGAACCGACCUCCUGCUGUGGAUGCCGUGGCUGCACAGAUCCUGCCCUCCAUUCUCUUCCUGUUCCUUGGCCUGAAGCAGGUCUGUGCUACACGACAACUGGUAAACCGUGAAGAUAACUUAAAAGCAGAGAAAGCCGACAUGGAGGAAAGUGAGGAGAUUUCCAGUGAGGAGGAGGAGACAAAUGUGACUGCUCAAGCUAUGCAGUCGCACAGCGGCAGAGGUGAAGAGGACGAGGACGAGGACUGGGAUGAAGAAGUGCUGGAGGAGACAGCCCUUGAGGGCUUCAGCACCCCACUGGACCUUGACAACAGUGUGGACGAGUACCAGUUUUUUACACAAGCUCUACUGGCUGUGCAGAAUCGGGAUGCUGCCUGGUAUCAGCUGCUGGUGGCACCACUCAGUGAGGAUCAGAAGAGAAAGCUGCAGGAGGUGUACGCACUGGCGGAGCACCGGAGGACAGUGGCAGCAGGGCGGCUGCACAUUUGAGGACAAGGGCAUCUUCUCUGCGUUUAACUUUGGGGUUGCGCCCAGCAACAACAGAAAGGCGCGUCUACGGUUCACCAACCAGCAUCACCGCCGCUGCUGCUUUGACAGGAUGCGUGAGGGCCAAGAGGGGAACAAGGGUCUGUGCCAUCGGCACCAGGCAGCCAUGGACUCGCUCGCCUUUCCCUCGACCCUUCUUAACCUGGUAUAUAUAUUUUUCAACAGCUACUGUAAUGUACGAAAUUAAAGAAAAGCAGUCAUUGACUGGAAAGGACAAAGCGUCCACUCUGAAGGCUGAACGCGGAGGGGUUAGAGUUAGGGAUUGGCGCAUGCGUCUCAGGUUUUUGCCAUGAAGAAUCAGUGGAUUUAGGCGGAUAACAGUGCCUUCUGUUGUACAUGAAUUAUCAGAAAAAUUUUUUUUGGAGUGUGUUGCAAUUUUUUUAAAUCAUAAAACGUAUUUCUAGAUAUCCUGUAAA